AUGCAGCAGCCGCCAGCGAGCAGCGGGACGGCAAGUUUGCGUCCUGUAUGGAAGAGGAAGACCUCGAACUGGUCCAUCGUAUUUGUUGUUGUCCAAUACAUCGCCAUCCUCGUCGCUUUCAUCUUGUUUGCAGCGCAUGAGAGCGGCGAAAUGAAGAAGGACGUGAGGAAAGCAGGACCCCCUGACUCGCUCUCGGUCAUGAAGGUUGCCAGCAAGGAGGAGCCGAGAGAGCUGCACUCGAAGCCGGUGAUGAGGAAGCGAAACAUGGUGGAGGAGCACAGGAGCAACCGAUCCCUGAAUACGAAGAAGGCUCUGUCCCGGAUAUCCCAGGGGGGCAAGGGGAGAGGAGACUGA